AUGGUGUUCAUCGGGUGUCAUGGUCAUGGUGUCCAUCAGGUGUCCACAGUCAUGGUGUUCAUGAGUGUCCAGCAUGGGGCCCAGGACAACGCCCAGACUCCAACUCUUCCCCUGCUCACCACGGGGGCCAGCUAUACUGCACAGCCCACUCCUGGGAUGGACCCCACCGCAAACCCAGCCUUUCCCCCAGCUGCCCCAGCAGGGUACAGUGGAUACCAGCCCCACUCCAGCCAGGAGUUCACCUACGGCAGCCGACCCCAGGAGCCCGUCCCCACGACCACCACCAUGGCUACCUACCAGGACAGUUACAGCUACGGACAGUCGGUGGCUGCCAGGAGCUACGAGGACAGGCCGUACUUCCAGCCUCCUGCCCUCCAGCCUGGGCGCAUGACAGCCACAGACUCCUGCCAGCCAGGGACCCAAGAGGCCUGCAGGCAGCCCAGCCCCCAUGGCGGUCACAGCUGCGCUCAGCCCCCACAACAGGCGCCCAGAGUGGAGGCCGGACAGCCAGCCAGCGCCCUGUCCUCGGGAUACACCUACCCCACGGCGACAGGCGUCCAGCCCGAGUCCUCGGUGUCCAUCGUGACCUCCUACCCCGCGCCCUCCUACGAUCCCACCUGCACCGCCUACACGGCACCAAGCUACCCGAGCUAUGACGCCUCGGUGUACUCCGCCGCCAGCCCUUUCUAUCCUCCAGCGCAGCCCCCGCCUCCCCCGGGACCCCUGCAGCAGCUGCCCCCGCCGCCCACGCCCGCAGGCUCAGGAAGCAGCCCCAGGGCCGACUCGAAGCCGCCGCUUCCCAGCAAACUGCCGAGACCCAAGGCCGGGCCCAGGCAGCUCCAGCUUCACUACUGCGACAUCUGCAAGAUCAGCUGCGCGGGCCCCCAGACCUACCGGGAACAUCUGGGAGGGCAGAAGCACAGAAAGAAGGAGGCGGCCCAGAAGACAGGCGUGCAGCCCAACGGGAGCCCGCGCGGGGUGCAGGCGCAGCUACAUUGUGACCUGUGCGCCGUGUCCUGCACUGGGGCAGACGCCUACACGGCCCACAUCCGGGGAGCCAAGCACCAGAAGGUCUUCAAGCUGCACACCAAACUGGGGAAGCCCAUUCCCACCCUGGAGCCUGCACCGGCCACAGAGAGCACCCCCGGGGUGGAGGCCAAGCCCGCAUCUGCCACUGGCCCCAGCGUGUGUGCCCCGAGCAGGCCAGCACUCACCAAGAGACCCGUGGCCUUGAAGGCCUCAUGCCAGGGGCCUCCUGAGCUGCAGAUAGCAGGCUGCCGACCCCAGAGGGGGAGACCAGCCCAACCCAAAUCAGAGGGUCCUGGAGCACCCGCUCAAGGAGGCUCGGAGGAAGCUCCCCUGGGCUGCUCUGAUGCGCAGCCGGUGGGCCCAGAAUAUGUGGAGGAGGUGUGCAGCGAGGAAGGGCGAGUGCUUCGCUUCCAGUGUAAGCUGUGCGAGUGCAGUUUCAACGACCUUAACGCCAAGGACCUGCACGUGAGGGGACGGCGGCACCGGCUGCAGUACCGGAAGAAAGUGAACCCAGACCUUCCCAUUGCCACGGAGCCCAGCAGCCGGGCUCGGAAGCUCCUGGAGGAGCGGAUGAGGAAGCAGCGGCACCUGGCGGAGGAGCGGCUGGAGCAACUGCGGCGCUGGCACGUGGAGAGGAGGCGGCUGGAGGAGGAGCCUUCCCAGGACGUGCCGCCCCACGCACCAUCCGACUGGGCCCACUCUCUGCUUAUGGGCAGGCCGGAGCCCCCCACCAGCGCCCAACUCCAGAUGGGAGCCCCAGCGCCCCAGCCCCUACCGUUGGGUCACAGAGAACCCUUCUGCUUCCUGGAGCCCCGGGUGGUCGCCUCCCUUGGGGAGCCUCGUGCCUCUGUGGCUACUACUGUCUCUUCUCAGAGGAACCUCAGCGUUGCCCCCCCGGCUCGGGUCCUGAAAGGCGUCAUGCGGGUGGGCAUCCUGGCGAAAGGCCUCCUCCUGCGCGGGGACAGGAACGUGCGCCUCGCUCUGCUCUGUUCCAAGAAGCCCACGCACAGCCUGCUGCGGAGGAUCGCCCAGCAGCUGCCCCGGCAGCUCCAGAUGGUGACCGAGGAUGAGUAUGAGGUCUCCUCUGACCCUGAAGCCAACAUUGUCAUCUCCUCCUGCGAGGAGCCCAGGAUGCAGGUCACCGUAUCCAUCACCUCACCCCUGAUGCGAGAGGACCCCUCCACCGACCCAGGCGUGGAGAAGCCUCAGGCUGACCCAGGUGAUGUCCUGAGCUCCGAGAAGUGCCUCGAGUCCCUGGCCGCCCUCCGUCAUGCCCGGUGGUUUCAGGCUCGAGCCAGCAGCCUGCAGCCAUGCGUGAUCGUCAUCAGGGUCCUGAGGGACCUCUGCCGGCGUGUGCCCACCUGGGCAGCCCUGCCAGCCUGGGCCAUGGAGCUGCUGGUGGAGAAGGCUGUGAGCAGUGCGGCGGGGCCCCUGGGCCCUGGGGACGCGGUCAGGCGAGUCCUGGAGUGCGUGGCCACCGGAACGCUCCUGACAGAUGGGCCCGGACUCCAGGAUCCCUGCGAGAGAGACCAGACAGACGCCCUCGAGCCCAUGACCCUCCAAGAGCGGGAAGACGUGACCGCCAGCGCCCAGCACGCCCUGAGAAUGCUGGCCUUCCGGCAGACCCACAAGGUCCUGGGCAUGGAUCUCCUGCCACCCAGACACCGGCUUGGGGCCCGCUUCCGGAAGAGGCAGCGGGGACCUGGCGAGGCCGAGGAGGGCCCAGGGGAGAAGAAGCGGGGCCAGCGGGAUGGAGAGGGGCUCGUGUGA